AUGAUGAUCUGUACUUAUAACGCUUGUACGCUUGCAUCGGAAGCGGCCAUCGAAGAUCUAAUGAUGCAAGCAAAGAAAAUCAAGUACGACGUCAUCGGACUGACCGAGACGAGACGACGUCACUCUCUCAACGCCUUAUAUAUAAAUCAUAACAAAAGAGAGAGAAAUCCCAGAACUACCAUCAAAUGGGAUCUCUUCGAUAUGCUAGCCGGCUUUUGGGAAGAUUCCGCAAUGGACAAUAUCGACGAGGAUUAUGACCGGCUCGUUGAACACCUUCACGACUGCACAAAGAAGGCUGAGACUGAGAGGGCUGAGCCUGGAGCAGCAGGAGCCGCAGGGAACCAAGAACUCACGUCCGAGCUUUGCAGAGAUGCGAUUAAGAAAGACCUUAAAGGGAGAAGAGCAGAAGUGCUGGCUGAAGCUGCAGAGGCGGGGAAAAGCAUCCGCCACGCCCUUCGAGACUUCGCCAGUCGCAAGAAGAGGAUGACUGCUCUUCGGAACCCGAAGGGAACAACCAGUGCAUCGAGAAGAGGGAUGGAGAAAAUCACCUACGACUUCUACUCUGAUCUCUUCCACAGCCAUGUCCACUUGCCUCCUCACCAUCUGAGGGAGAACGACAUGUCAUUCCAGACGUUCUCCCGUCCAAAAUACGACAUGCUAUCAUGUCGAAUAAAACCGGAACACCUGAAGAACCUGCCGUCAGUACUCAUCAACACUCUGGCGAGGCUCUUUACACGUUAUCUGUCGGAAUGCAAGGUUCCUAAACAGUGGAAGAACAGCAAGACCGUGUUGUUGUAUAAAAAGGGAGAUCCACAUGACAUCGGCAACUAUCGCCCAAUCUGCUUACUGUCCGUCAUCUACAAGCUCUUUACAAGAGUGAUCCUUGAUAGGAUUGAAAAAGUCUUGGAUGAGGGACAGCCAUGCGAGCAAGCAGGGUUUCGAAAAGGAUUCAGCACGAUUGACCACAUUCACACUGCUUCGAAACUCAUCGAGGUAUCACGAGAGUACAAGAUGCCGCUCUGUCUCACCUUCAUCGACUUGAAGAAGGCCUUCGACUCAGUUGCCAUGGAAGCUUUGGACAACCAAGACGUCCCUACACAGUACGUAAAGAUACUUCGAGAGUUGUACAGUAACUUCACGACUGAAAUUUCGCCAUUCUACAAGAAUAUCAUUAUUGACGUGAAGAGGAGGAUCCGACAGGGUGAUACAAUCUCAUCCAAAAUAUUCACGGCCCCCUUCGAGAACGCAGUGCGAAAGUUGGAAUGGGACGACAUGGGAGUGAAGGUUGGUGGUACUAAAUCAUCUGCGCUUUGCUGA